CGACCUUUCGCUGUGACACAUCAUUCUGGAAUGUGAGUGCAACAUGAUUGUAUGUCCUCUCGGCUCUGUCGAGAGCAAACGGUCUAUAAGCGAAAGUCAUGGCAGGUCCUGAUCUGAUAAACACUAUUUUGUAUACCGUCAAUAAUCUACUUCACCAAGAGAAGUACAAAGCGGCAUUAGCGGUGUUGAAAGGAUUCAGAAACGGCGCCGUAUAUGGAGCCAAAAUCAGAGCACCACAUGCUCUAGUAAUGACAUUUCUAUUCAGAAGUGGCAGUUUGAAGGACAAGCUCAAAGCCAUUUUGAAGGCCACGUACACCCACUCUCGCAACCUGGCAUGCUUUGUGUUUACAUACAAAGGACUGCAGGCCUUGCAGGAGAAGUGCCAGGGAAAGAGUUUGCAAUCUCACUCCUUUCUGGCUGCCUGUGUUGGAGGAUGGUUGGUGUUUGGAAAUAACAACAACAUCAACAGCCAGAUCAACAUGUACUUGCUGUCCAGGAUCUUGUUCGCCCUGUCUCGGCUGGCUGUAGAGAAAGGAUUUAUCCCCCAGCCUAAACACGACCCUUUCCCAGUCUUCGCCACGCUGGUGUGGGGCGUCGUCUUGUGGCUGUUUGAAUAUUACCCUCACACCCUCCAGCCCUCACUGCAGUCCUCAAUGAACUACCUGUACCACGACAGCAAUGUGUGGCAUGACAUAACAGACUUCCUUGUUUAUAAUAAGCCAAGGACUGCUGCUUAGAAUCUUUUUUAUUUUUUAGUAUGGAGCAGCUCUCUACAAUACAUGAAUUGCAUUCUUAUUUUUUUAUAAUUAUUAAUACUUCAAAUAUUAUUGAAUGUUGCCUUUUUUUUAAAAAUGAAGCUAGAUUAUAGUGUGAUCUGUAGGAUUUGUAUUAAUGUUUGUUUUAUUGAUAUAUAUGUAUAUCUUGUGUGUCAACUUGCACAACAUUUCCAGCGAAAGACAGCAGUAUAUUUGCACACUGUUAUUAUUAUUAGACACAAUCUGCUUUAAAUAGCAUUAUCUGUAUCUACCUAGUAUGAUUGAUUUUCUGUCCAUAUUUUUGGGUGAUUGUCUGAUUGUAAUGUCACUUAAUUCAGCUGCUACAGAAUAAAAAACAAAAAGGUUUUUUAACACAAAACAGGCUGA